AUGUCGUCUACCGGCGAUAGUUUGGCCCUUCUCGAAGCCCUUGCUCACAAAACGCAGAAUGCCGCCGCUCAAAUCACACGUUUUCUGAAAGAGGCUCGAACGAAGGGGCCGGUCGAUGGACAACCUGGCUCCUUCGAUAUCCCGCUCAACUCCCCUCCGGAUAUCAGUGCGGCAAAAGCAUCGCUGCUUGAGUCCACGAUGCUGAUGCAACAGCUAGUCAUGUCUGCAACCGACAUCCAACAACAAAUGACAUUGUAUACUCAGCAGAUGGCAGCCAUACGGUGGAUCUGUCGUUUCGACGUCGCGACUCAUGUUCCUGACUCUGGGACAAUCUCUUACGAAGACUUGGCUGCCGCCGCCAAGGUGCCACAGAAAGAGCUUAUGCGCAUCUGCCGCAUGGCGAUGACAGCAGGCUUCUUCCAGGAGGCAGUUCAAAAUCAGAUUGCGCAUACUCCAACUUCUCUCGAACUCAGAUCCUCGUCGCCGGUGCACGACACUUUCCUCUUCAUGAGUGACACGGGCCAUGCGAUUGUGGGGAGAAUGCCCGAGAUGACAGAGGCGAAUCUCAAACUCAGCCCCGGGCAGAAACCCAAAACAGCAUUCAAUAUCGCCAUGGACACGGACACACCUUUUUUCAAGUACAUAAUGUCGAAUCCAGUUCUCGCGAAGCAGCAAGCUGCACAUAUGAAGACCAUCGUUGCCGCGGAGGAGUCACACAUUCGACACACAGUCACUGGAUAUGAUUGGGGCGCCCUCCCCCAGGGCGCAAAGGUCGUCGACAUGGGCGGCUCGACGGGCCAUGUCAGCAUCACUAUUGCGCAGGAAUUUCCUCAUCUGAGAUUUAUAGUGCAGGACCUUCCACAGGUUUUAUCGCAGGCGGCCCCCGUUCCGGCAGAAGUGGGGGACAGAGUCGUAUUCGAAGCUCACGACUUCUUCCAGCCUCAGCCUCCCAGCUCUCAUGGUGCGGAUGUUUUCUUUAUACGACAGUGCCUACAGAACUGGUCUGAUGCCGACGCCGCGAAGAUCCUGCGAACCCUCCUGCCGGCCCUGGACAAGGGGAAAUCGAGAAUCGUGAUCAUGAGCGUCGUGCUGGCCAAUCCCGAUGACACCGAGGUCGGCCAGAGGGAGAAGGGGAUCAGCCGUAUGAGAGAUCUCUUCAUGAUGCAAGCCAUGGGUGGUGGCGAAAGGGACUUGGCACAAUGGAAGGCAGUGAUCGAGGAUGCAGAUCCAGGAUUGGAUAUUGUGAAUGUAACUAAGCCGCCCGGAAGCGUACUGAGCGUCCUUGAGGUUCGAUAUAAAAUCUGA